AUGAAGGCUUUCUUUGUCCUCCUGCUGGGAGCAGUCCUGUGCUUGGACUCAGGUUCUUCUCUGCAGUGUUACAGCUGCACAUCACAGCUCAGCAACUCCAAGUGUCAGACAAAAGUGGACUGCAAGGAGAAGGAAACAUGCAAGACAGAUGUGAUCCGGGUCAUAGGGCUCUUCAACAUCAUCAGCAAGGGCUGUGACUCGUCGUGUGAAUCACUCUAUCAGGACUUCAGCGUAGGCAACAGGAAUAUCUCCUGCUGCAGCAGCAACCUCUGCAAUGUCAACGCAGUGGGCAGUGUGAGGUGUAGCUAUGGGAUGGCAGCAGGGAUAGCAGCCAGUGUGCUCUGGAUCUUCCUGAACAACAGACUGUGA